AGCGCAGCACUCACCUCAGAGAGAGCCAGCCAAGCCCAGGAGCGGAGAGAGAGACAGACAGAGAGAGAGAGAGAGAGGGGAAAGAAAAGUUUGCCAAAUGGAUUUCUUUACCGGAAUCAGACCUUUAUUAUUUUCAUAUGUGCUCAUUAAUGGUAUUCUAAUUACACUACAGACUAAAGAAGAGGUUCUUUUGGAUAUGAAGGCAACAGGAGGUGAACUGGGAUGGUUGACAUGGCCCUUAGAUCAGGGGGACAAGCUCGGGUGGGAGGUCGUCCAGAGGACCCUGAACGGCUCUCAGUUCUAUACCUACUCCGUCUGCAAUGUUGGGGAACGUGAGCAGGACAACUGGCUGCGCACCACGUUCAUCCAACGGCGUCCAUCAGCCUCGCGGGUCUUUGUUGAACUUCAGUUUAUUGUACGUGACUGCAAUUCUUUUGAUGGCACCUCGCUGACCUGCAAAGAAACCUUCAACCUCUUCACAUCAGAGUCGGAUGCAGACGUGGGCACUACCUUCCGCAAGGGCCAGUUUAAGAAAGUGGCCACGAUAGCGCCUGACGAGAUCACUAGCAAAAAUGAACUGCGCAUCAACACUGAGACGAGAGUCGUGGAGAACCUGUCUCGAAAAGGCUUCUACUUGGCAUUUCAAGAUAUCGGAGCCUGCAUUGCUCUUCUCUCCGUCAGGGUCUACUACAAAACUUGCCCAGCCACAGUUAAGAGUCUUGCGUCGUUCCCUGAGACCGUGGCUGGAGGUGAGAACCAAGCGCUGAGGGAAGUGAACGGUGUGUGCGUGGAUAAUGCCAUCAGUGAGGAGUUACCUCGCAUCUACUGCACUGUGGAUGGGGAGUGGGUGGUACCAGUUGGACAGUGCCAGUGCAAACCAGGCUAUGAAGAAGUUAAAGACGUGUGUCAAGAAUGUCAGGCUGGCUUCUUCAAAGCAGCAACAUCCAGUGACAAGUGUGAGCCGUGUCCUGCCAACACCCAGAGGCAGGACUCUGGAGCUUUAUUUUGUCCCUGCAUGUAUGGCUUCUACCGGGCUCCAACGGACCCCCCUACAGGACCCUGCUCAGGUCUCCCCUCUGCCCCACGAGACCUUGUGGCCACAACCACCAGUGCAGGAAAACUCCUCCUCACCUGGAGCCCGCCUGAAGACACUGGAGGUCGAAACGACAUCACCUACAGUAUUGAAUGCCAGCGCUGCGAGGGAACCGCGUGCCAGCCUUGUGGAGAGAAAAUUCGUUACGAGCCGGCCAGCACGGGCCUGACCGACACCAAGGUUUCAGUGAGCGAGCUGGACGCUCAUCUCAACUACACUUUCACCGUGGAGGCACAUAGCGGUGUGUCGCUGUUCAUGAGUGACGCAGAACCACGGGCUAAUAAACCACCAUCCACCAGUGCUCUGACUACAUCUCUGCUCUACACAGAUCCCCCAAAGAUUACCACGAUGCGACUGGUUGAGAGGUCCUCCACAAGCUUGUCGCUUUCCUGGGAUGUAUCCCCUCGACCACGGGUCCAACACCGGCCCAUCCGGUAUGAGCUCACCUACUGCAAGAAGGAUGAUAACUUGGAUGUGACUACAUUCAUCGUACUCAAACAGGAGAAGAACUUUGCACAGAUCAAUGACCUAGCUCCAGGCACGGCCUACCUGUUCAGGGUGCAGGCCUUCAGCAGCGAUGGCAGCGCUGGAGGAUCUAGCAUGGAGGAACAGUUUGAGACCUUGCUUGGAGAACAAUCAAACAGCACAGCAAUCAUCAUUGCAGCAGUUGGAGGAGCAACCAUGUUGUUCAUAGUGGCCAUGGUCCUGUUUGUACGCAGACGGAAAAGAAACUCUCACACCAGGCAAGGAGCAGAGGACACCUACUUCUCCAGCUCAGAGCAACUGAAGCCUCUGAAAACCUACGUGGAUCCACAUACAUACGAGGACCCCAACACAGCCGUCCUGAAGUUUGCCACUGAAAUCCACCCCAGCCACAUAACCAAACAAAAAGUCAUUGGAGCUGGGGAGUUUGGUGAAGUGUACCGUGGUAUUCUGAAGGUGCCGGGCAGGAAAGAGGUAGCAGUAGCUAUCAAGACGCUGAAGCCGGGCUACACAGAGAAACAGAGGCAGGACUUUCUAAGCGAGGCCUCCAUCAUGGGCCAGUUUUCCCACCAGAACAUCAUUCGGCUGGAGGGGGUGGUGACCAAAUGUAAGGACUUCUUCAAACAUGCCAUGAUCGUGACUGAAUACAUGGAGAAUGGAGCACUGGACAGAUACCUUAGGGACCAUGAUGGCGAAUUUGCCUCCUUCCAGCUGGUUGGCAUGCUGCGUGGCAUCGCUGCAGGCAUGAAGUACCUCUCUGACAUGAGUUACGUCCACCGUGACCUAGCAGCCCGCAACAUCCUUGUCAACAACACCUUGGAGUGUAAAGUGUCAGACUUUGGCUUGUCCCGGGUGCUGGAAGACGAUCCUGAGGGGACGUACACCACAAGUGGAGGUAAGAUCCCCAUUCGCUGGACGGCUCCAGAAGCAAUAGCAUAUAGGAAGUUCACCUCAGCUAGCGAUGUGUGGAGUUUUGGCAUCGUGAUGUGGGAGGUCAUGGCCUUUGGUGAAAGGCCUUACUGGGACAUGAGUAACCAUGAGGUGAUGAAGGCUAUCAACGAGGCUUUCAGGCUACCGGCGCCGAUGGACUGUCCCUCAGCCGUUUACCAGCUGAUGUUGCAGUGCUGGCUGCAGGAUCGUUCCAAGAGGCCGCGCUUUGGAGACAUCGUCAACCUGUUGGACAAGUUGCUGCGGAGCCCGGACUCCCUGAAGACCAUUGCAGAUUUUGACCCACGCGUAUCCAUACGUCUGCCCAGCACCAGUGGCUCGGACGGUUCCCCCUUCAGGUCGGUAUCCGAGUGGCUGGAAUCCAUCAAGAUGAGUCAGUAUAGUGAAAACUUCACCUGCGCUGGGGUCGUCACCAUGGACCAAGUCCUGCAGAUGAAGAACGAGGAUAUAAAAAACAUCGGGGUGAGGCUGCCUGGCCAUUUGAAAAGAAUCGCCUACAGUAUCUUGGGUUUAAAGGACCAGACCAGUACCCUGAGCGUGUUUGCAGUGUGAUCGUGACAACGAAGGGAAUUAAAUUCGUGCACUGAAGCAGGCAGCCCUUUGAACUCUAUGCUGAGCUGGAGCGAAACUGCAGGGACGGCUUUGGAUCGGCAGGACCAAGAGAACUGUGCCAUCCUUUGAGGCCAACUGAAUCAGACUGACUUACUGUACAUUUUUUGAUUUUUUUCAUCUUAUCCACACGGGAAUCGAGCAAAUAUAUGACAAUAGCUGUAUCAAGUAGACUGUAUAUUUAGAUAUCUAUUUUUAUUAUCCAUGUCUUCAGUAUAGAUACAAUUCAUUGCUCAUGCAUUUAUUUUUUUUUCUUCAUUUCGCAUUCCUGCUUCAUAAAAAUCAACAAUCAAGCCGUUUCUGGGAACGGCUUCAAAAUUGCAGCCUGAGCUUGUUGCAUCCAGUAUCAAACAAACAAAGGAAGCACAGUAAGCGUAAUAGUAUGUGAGCAGUGGAGUCCAGCCAUGGCUCAGGUUGUGGUUGGUGCUGAUAUUAUGGCGUCUCCUUUUAAUUGGCACUUUGGUCCACUCCCUGUUAAACCAAUGAGGACGGAGUGUCAAGUGGGCUGAAAUGAGCGUGAGCUGGCCCAAAGUUAAAGAGAUGGUGUUGCUUAGGUGUGAAAACACAGAUGGACUCACGUGUUGGCUCAGAAAUUAAGCUAUUAUCAUAUACGUGAUGUUAUAUGAAAAAAGAGAGGAUAAAUAUAAGGUACUCUUUUUGUACAGAUUAACUUUUUUUUCUUUUGUCUCUUCGUGUUUGGGCAGUUACCAAAAACAUUGGGAUUUAAACUUAAAAUGUAGCACUUGGAUCAAGAAUCUUAUUGUCUUGGUUUGCCUCAGAAUUGCAAGUAAAGGGCUAUUAUACACAAAUUCCUGAACACAAAAGAAAGGGUAUCGAAGUGAGAAACUGUGUGAAUGAAAUGAAUUAGGAUGCAAUUCAUCUGUUUGUAGCAUGUCAGUAAUGAAGAGGAAGAGGAUGAAGUUUGCUAAAAGUGCCCUGAAAAAAAGCAAAAAAGAUUUAAUGAUGAUGUUAUGGUUGAGAUGAUUUCAUACUUAAUAAUAGUUUGGUUUGCAAUUUCAAUGUCUCAUUUAGUUUUUUAGAAGCUAUACAAAUAUUCAUAUUUCUGUUGGUUUGAGUAACGUGUCAAUGCGACGAAAUGACAUGCUUUGACAAUUUAGUGCUCAUUCUAGACAUUUAAAGACAUUUUAAAGUGCCUGUUUGUGGAACAUUAGAGGGAGGCUUCUGCCUGUUUUAAUGAAGCGGCUCUCCAGUGUAGUGGGAAGUGUAUAGCAGACAGGUUCCCCAGUGCUCUUAAUUGAUGACUGCAAUUGUGUUACUGAUGUACACCUUCCUUUACUUGAAUUUUUACUGUAUUUUAAAAUGUAUCUUUGAUUCUAUUGUAGCUGAUAGAUCUAUCUUUGGAAAAAGGGAUUCCUUGUUUGUUAUUACCCUGGUUUACUGGUUGCAAUUCCAUUUAAGUACAUUUUGUAUAAAUUCACCAUUUACCUGAUUAUUUUUCACUUUGCCUUUCACUUUUACCACCUUUACAAACAUUUUGUGAGUUCCUUCAUCAAACAGCAAACCGCUUUCUUUUUGCCUGUUGUUUUAUACUGUAUUUAAUAGCCUAUUUAUUUUUUACUUUUAUUUAUUUAUACUGAUAAACACUGAGCUGGGAUUAUAAUUGAAGGUUGUUCUCUCAUUCUCAAAAAUAAAAAAAAAGGCUCUACUGUUCCUCUUCUAUUCCUGAAUUCCUGAAGAUUUCCUUCCUUGCAUUUGUGGAGCAAUAAAGUCUUAAAUUGAAUUUG